UUGUAAAAGCAGUUAGCAGUUGCGGCAGAGCUGCCUGUUGAGUCAUCACAUCCAGUGUGUACUUCUGGGGGUGCAGCUGCGCUGGAGUGACCCACUUCUAACACGGGGCGCCACUGAGCCUAUAACGGCGGGAAGCAAAGCCGGGAGCCCAGCCGCAGACAGGCCGCCAUGGGUGUGCAGAGCCCGGCGCUGCUUCUGUUGCUGCUGCUGGUGCCCGCGGUGCUAGGGAAGCCUGGUGAGCUGAGGAGAUUCGUGCGCCAGACUGGGGUUGAUGGGGAGUACGGGAACUCGGAGGUCCACGGCAGCUCACCUUCUCGCCUCCACCCAGGACCGCGUGAAGAAAGCCAGGCGCCAGGUGAGGAACAGCGCUCCCCGCGAGGAGCACACAGGCCGGGCAGAGGGAGGUCGCCUCAGCUCUCCCGUUCGUCCCCCACAGGCCUCAAGAACGCCACAGACAUCAAGCUCCUCUCAAUGCCGUGUGGCCACCGGAAUGACAUUCAGUCGCUGAUAGUGGGCGGGGUCGAAUCCGUGCCGGGGCGCUGGCCAUGGCAGGCCAGCCUGCGCCUGAAGAAGUCCCACCACUGCGGAGGGAGCCUUCUCAGCCACCAGUGGGUGCUCACUGCCGCACACUGCUUCAGGAAGUUCCUUGAUCCAGCAGAGUGGACAGUCCAGCUUGGGCAGCUUACUUCCAAGCCAUCUCUCUGGAACAAGAAUGCCUAUUCUAGCCGCUACAGGGUAAAGGACAUCAUUGUAAACUCCAAAGGCACAAAGAAGUUGCACGACCUCGCCCUGCUGAGGCUGGCCUCCUCAGUCACCUACAGCAAGUACAUCCAGCCCGUCUGUGUGCGGCCCUCCACCUUCACGUUCCAGCACCAGCCCAGCUGCUGGGUGACCGGCUGGGGAGCCCUUCAGGAGGAUAUGAAACCUCUGCCACCACCCUACCUCCUCCGAGAAGUACAGGUCACCGUCCUGAACACCAGCAGGUGCCAUGAACUGUACAAACUGUCUUCUCUCCCCUUCAUCAGAAAUGAUGUGAUCUGCGCUGGCGCUGAGGACGGGAGUGCGGACACCUGCAGCGGGGACUCAGGAGGACCCUUGGUCUGCGACGUGGAUGGUCUCUGGUAUCAGAUCGGAAUCGUGAGCUGGGGAAUAGGCUGUGGGCGGCCCAACCUGCCUGGGAUCUACACCAACGUGAGCCGGUACUACAACUGGAUUGAGACCACGAUGACCCUCAAUAGUGCUGUCAGCUGUGGUCUGGCCCUGCCGCUGCUGUGCCUUACUCUGCUACGGGCUCCCUGGCUUCCAAGGUCCGCCUGAGCCCAUGAAGCUGCAGCUUUGGGCCCAAAGCACCACCGCACCGCCCCACAGCCCCAGGACGUUCAGUGUAGGGUAGGCUCUUGUUGUCUUGUCUCCUUUGCCAAUAAACUUGUGCAUAUCUGAGUUGGCACUUUUCAGAACA